AGAGAAAAAAAGAAAAAAAAACCGAGAAAGUGGGUGGAAAGAGAGAAAGAGGUGGAGAGAGAUGUUGGCGAAUGAAUCGACGGCGGCGAAUGGUCCGCCAAAUUUUGAGCUUCCCGAGGAGGUUCUUGAGAUUCUUCCCUCCGAUCCCUUUGAGCAACUCGAUAUAGCUCGUAAGAUCACCUCCAUCGCUCUCUCCUCCCGCGUCUCCUCCCUUGAAUCCGAGGCCGCAGCUCUUCGUGCCAAUCUCGCCGAGAAGGACGACAUCAUCGCUGACCUCAACCAACAUAUCAACUCCCUUGAAGACUCUUUCUCUGAUACCUCCCAAAAGCUCUCCCACAUCGAACAAGAAAAGGAGAGCUUAUUGAAGGAGAACGCAGUGCUGUCAAACCAAGUAAAGAAGCUCAACAGAGAUGUCUCCAAGUUGGAAAUCUUCAAGAAGACCCUUAUGCAAUCACUUCAAGAGGAUGAUGAAAAUCCCAGACCAGCCCAAGUUGUGGCAUCAGAUCUUGCAAGUCAAGCAACCUUGUCAUCUUCCAAACAAUUUGCUGGAGAAGAUGAAGUUACGUUUCCACCAUCAUCAAAACCUUCACCAGUAGGAAACUCUAAUAUUGAGGAAACCGAGACAGAUGAAGCUUCAAGACCACCUCGUAUAUCACAAAGCCUGUUGUUGGCGUCACAAACAAACACACCUCGGCUUACUCCUCCCGGUUCUCCUCCCAGUCUGUCAGCAUCAGUAUCUCCAUCAAGAACACCUAAGCCAUUGUCUCCAAGGCGCCAUUCUAUUUCCUUUGCCACCAAUAGAGGCAUGUACGAAGACAGGAGUUCCAUGUUUUCAUCUGUGCCUUCAAGCCAACAUAGUUCAAUGGGAAGCUUCGAUGCUGGUUCACAGCCUGGACGAACUCGAAUUGAUGGGAAAGAGUUCUUCCGCCAAGUCAGGAGCCGAUUAUCUUAUGAACAAUUUGGGUCAUUCCUAGCGAAUGUGAAGGAGUUGAAUGCCCACAAGCAAACAAAAGAGGAGACACUAAGGAAAGCUGAAGAGAUAUUUGGACCCGAAAAUAAGGACCUCUACACCGUAUUCGAGGGUUUGAUCAUUCGUAAUGUUCAUUGACUAUUAUUAAGCAAAUUGUUUAUUUUCUCAUGUGAUUCUUUAUGUAAAUUAUUGUACCAUGCAUUUGAUUAAAUAAACAUGUCUAUGUAUGUACCAUUUGCGGAAUAAUAUAAAUGUGAUGGUAUUUCAUUCCUGAA